GACACACGUCAAAAUUGCCUCCUUUCUUCGACCAGGGACAAGAGGCCGCCUGAGCAUCCUCUUUUUCCCCUCCUCCGUCCCAUCGCAACUGCCGCGGGGCAGCGCGUCGCAUAUCCUCGAGCGACUCGACGACGAAGAAGUUAAUCGCCCCAAAACAACCCCCGAAAUCCACCGCUCGGGCUGAGCCCCUCGUCAUCCGAUAUGCGUCUCUACCUCCUCCCAAUCACCACGAGUCGAACUCUCCUCUACUCACAACGACUCAAUAUUGCGACGACGAACCAACAAGGCUUGGCAGAUAAGGUCGGCAAGAGGGCAGCUAAGUUGUGGGCUGGCUGGGAAGCAAAGGAGAGCGGAUGGCAGAAGAAAGUUGUCAGCUAUGGAAACUACGCCCUGCGUCGUAUUCCGUACGAGGAAUGGGGGCUGAAGUCGGUGCCACCCAUUUCUGCGCGACGCAAGGAUGAGGAGCUCAAGGGCAAGGAGAAGAUCGAAUUGGUCUUCCCGGAUACCAUUAUCCCUACAAAGCAGGCUGAGCAGGUUGUCAGGACUCUGGCCACGGAACGAGAUGCGCUGCACAAGAGGAAGCUUAUAUGGUGCUUGAUUGGCAUGCCCAUCUCGGCGCCAUUCGCCCUGGUACCCGUGAUACCUAAUCUGCCGUUCUUCUAUCUCGUCUACAGAGCUUGGUCGCAUUGGCGCGCUCUCGAGGGAGGCAAGCACCUCCGAUUCCUCGUUGAUAAUAAACUCCUGGCCCUGUCCCCGUCAAAGUUGUUGAACGACAUUUAUACGCCUUUAAUCCCAGAAAACACAACCGUAACACCGUCGAAACCGGCCCUUGGCAGCACGGAGCCUUUGAAAGGCAAGGGAGACAACGCAAAGGACGAGGCAAUCCUGCUCUCACAGGCCAAUGGUCAACGGAUUGCCAAGACGCUUGAUGUCCCCGAGCUGGGCGUCGAGAUCGAGCGGGCCAUCUGGCAGGUGAACCACGCCAAGAAGGCCAAGGAAGAAGAAGCUUCUGUUGAAGCCGCGGACGAGGCCGCAAAGGAAGCCGCAAAACAAGUCAACGCCGAUCCCACGACGGCCAAAGAAAAGCCUCCCAACCCAAACGAGGAGAAGAAGUAGCCUCAGCAACGACUUGUAGGAUGAUGGAUCCCCGCUCUGAUAGACAGACUCUUCUCCAUUGCCUUUGGGUUGGGCUAGAA